AAGUCUGCUAUCACCCUGGAGCGGGCAGGCCUGGCAGGGGCCAAAACAGGUGGCGUCAGGUGGGCGGGGCCCUGCUCCUGAGAGUGACUCGCCCCAAGCUGUUUCUAGGAGACAGCCCUAUAUAAACCCGAGUCCCAAGACACUGGCCACUGCCAGCCACAGCAGCAGCGUCUCCCUGAGAGAGCCGGAGCAGCCACUCUCAGACCCAGCUCCAGCUAAAGGAAGCACUGUCCAACACCGAGCCCUGGGUCUGGAGACCCAGCUCAGGGUGUCCCCAGCCAUGAGUGACUUCCGCGGUUCAAGCCAGAUGGAGGACCCUCGGAGAACCCAGUCCUUGGACAGGUCACGAGCCUCCAGGAAGGACUCUGAGUCACACAGCUGUCAGUGCCUCUCGCUGCCCAGCACAUCCUGCAGGAGGGUGUCCCGCAGAGCCAUCGACGCUGGGGCCCAAGGUUCCCUGAACCCAGGCCCGUCUUCAGGGGCUCAGGGGGCUGAGGCUGCUGCAGCUGACACUCUGGAGGAGGCGAGGGGGUUUCUCCCCAGUGAGCCGGGGCCACCACCAGACACCAAGAAGGACAAGGCACAGAGGCAGGUCCAGCAGGGCUGGCUGAAGACGGUGCUGAAUUUCAUCUUGGGGAUAGGCUUUGAGGAGUCCAAAGACAAGGCCCCCAGGAGGCCAAAGGAGAAGGAAGACGUCCUAGAGUCCCCAGAGAUAGCCGAGGAGCUGACCCGCAGGAAGAAAGCCCAGGACAAGAAGGCCAGCUACAAGAAACACAGUCACAGAAAGCAUGGUGCUGAGGAAGUGGAGGGGAGCCAUGACCAGGAAGAAGGAAGCCGCCAGGCCCGGCUGCCCAAGAUGGCUGCCACCUCGUACUCUGAGGAAGCCGAGGUGGCCCCAGUUUGUAAGGGUGGACAAGAUUCCAGCGGCCACCAGGCCUUGCCCUCCAGAGGCGCUGGCGCUGAACUCCGGGAUAGUUCUCCCCAGGCCACAGGCUCCAGGCCAACAGAAGAGCCCAGGAAGCCUGCCGAGGAUGACGUCAUCCGGAUGAUCGUGGAAUUCCUCGAGAAAGUGGGCGACCAGUGCGAGGAGGAGCCUCCAGCCCCCCAGACAGAAGCACUGGUGAGAAACCCAACCUACGGCUGUAGGAGGAAGCCCCAGGAGAAAAAGGCAAGCAGCCUCAAGAGAGCCUUGUCCCUGAAGAAGUGCAGCCCAGAGCAGCCCAGGAGAGUGGGCGCUGCCUCCAACGUGCCCAGCCUUGAGGCCCGGCCCCCCAAGAGGCCCAGCUUCCUGCCCCUGUGCGUGGGUGGUGGCCAACGCCCCUCCACCUCCAGCAGCCCGGGCUGCGAAGGAGCGGGAGCCCACGAGGCCUGGACUACGGACGGUGGUGGACCCAGUCCUUCUGAGCUCCCCACCCGUGCUGGGUGCCGGGGACCCAAAGAGGAGCUGCCGCUGGACAGAGCCUCGGAGUCCAAUGAGUUCUUGCGGAAGAUCCUCAUGCUGCUUGGUGAGGAGGAAGAACCCGCAGGCGAGCAGCAGCCUCAAGGGCAGGAGGCAGAGGCAGCCGGAGAAAGCCAGGCCCAGGCCAUGAGGAGAAAACCCCAGGAGAAAAAGCCCAGCAGCCUACGGAGAGCCUUUUCCUAUAAAAGACACAGCUCCAAGGAGCCCAGGAGAACGGGGGCUGUGGAGACUGGGGGGGCUGUCACCCCUGAUCCCCGGCCCCCCAAGAGGCCCAGCUUCCUGCCCCUGUGUGUCAGUGUCCACCGGGCCUCCAUUCCCAGCAGCUCUGAUGAAGAAGACCUGGAGUCCCAGGAGCCCUUGGCCACAGAAGGGGCAGCCUCUGGGUUCCCCAAAGCGGCCUCCCAAGCCAGCAGCUGCACGCCGGACGGGGGCCUUCAACUUCCUCAGGAGGGAGCGUGCACGUCUAAGGAGCACACCAUCUACAAGCUGGUGCAGCUUCUCCAAGAAGUGGACGGCGAGCUGGGGAAGCAGAUCCGGAGACACCCCAGCUUUAAGAGGUUGUUUUACGAGUUCUCGGACUCCUCCCUCAGAAAGCUGGUGGCCAUCCUGCGCAGCCAGCGGGUCCACCCGGCAGAUGGGGACCGAAACCUCCCCAAGAGAUCAUUCCCACUUGCCUUUGGCCUGGCUAACAAAUACGCCGACAGCCACAGCCGCACCUUCUGCAGCCUAAUGGGUUCCCGAGGCCACUACAGCCAGCACGGCGGAGCCCAGGCCCUGGCCAGGGAGGCCCAGCCGAACCUCACAAGUCCCGGAUGUCAAAGUCCAGAUUAAGAGUGAUGCCUGGACCUCUGGUUCCUUUGAUCCAGCCAAACACUUGGGACCUCUGGCCAGGACCCUGAAGCCGCUUCCUGACUUCCCAAACCCGAGCCUCACCAAGUCCCUGAAGACCACACACCGCUGCCUGAGAAUGUGUGAAGCUUCAGCCCCAAAGCUGCCCUAAGAGGCCACACCGGAAGCCGGCUCUGGACCGGAGCGAGAAGACCCCAAGGUGGCACUGGACCUGUGGCCAGGCGAGGCACUGGCCCCUUCUUCGUGGCCCUUGAGUUCGGACAUCCUGCAGAAGGCCUGCGAUGUCCUUCCCCACCCCCAGUCCUGUAAUUCUGUGACCAGAGAGGUGAAGCCGACGCCUGUACGUCUCGUAGGACUUGCUAAGAGCCAGUGAGAAAACAGAUGUAAAGGGCUCUAAGAGCUAUACAGUGUCAUGUCGUGUGCACAGUUAGGGUAUUUUCGUUAGCGCUACCUCUGGCUGGUUUUCAGGAAGCAGAGGAGGGCUUCAGCAAGAGUACUGCAUGUGAAAGGCUGCAGUACAUCCUGGGCAAAGUGGAGUUAGAGAUUGAUGAGGACAAUUUUCCAGCUGGUGGCAGUAAAGGGUCUUGAAAGGGGCUCUUUUUUAUUUCUUCCUCCUCCUCCUCCUCUUCCUUCCCCUCCUCCUCCUCCUCCUCCUCCUC